GGCAACCCUGAGCUCCCUGAUUGUGUGACGAAGCGAGCAUCAGCGGGAGCGAGCCAACCACAGCCCGCGUCAUCCGCACAGGAGGACACAAACCACGGGAGUGCGCAGUACUGGGGCUGUAUGAGAUGUUUCGGAUGCUCUCACUACUCUCACUUUUGCCUCUACGGUAGUUUGCUUUAAUUAUCUCUAAUUAGCUGAGCGCAGUGGAGGAAGAUGCCGGUGCGCAAAGGGACUCUCCAACCCUCUCCGCUCAGAAAAGGACCUGGAUUUGGAGCUCCAGAGGUUUUGCCUGCGUAGCGCAUCGUGGAAGUUGUUGCAUCUGCACGAUUCUCUGCUCUAACCCCGUCGGGUAAAUCCUCAUAGAUGGUAUUUCUGUGCGCAAUUUCAUGGCUUUGGUUCACUGAGGACCAUCCGAAGUGCAGACAUGGCAGUGUCAAAUAUGCUGUUCUCUGACGUAGAAAGUUUUCUGGACUCGCACCCCGACCUGUUCGAGGACUAUCUGAACAGGAAGGGCAACUACAGCAUGGUGGAGAAAUGGCUCAAGAACCACCAGGCGAGUAAGGGUCCGGUGGCCGCGGCGCCCGCCGCAGAGCCCCGGGAGGAGAAGGGCAACGCGUACAAAGACAGCUGGGCGAGCAAGUGCGACGGUCUGCAGCGGAGAGCGUCUCAGAAGGAGCUGCGCAAAACUUUCGCCAGGUCUAAGGCCAUCAACGUGAACAGGACGUACGACGAGCAUGUGAACUCCAGGGCGCAGGAGCCGCUGACCAGCAUGAGGAGGAGAGCUUUGCUGAGGAAGGCGAGCUCCCUGCCUCCGACCACCGCGCACAUCCUGAGCGCGCUGCUGGAGUCCAGAGUCAACAUCCCCCAGUACCCAUCCACGGCCGUGGAUUUUAAGUAUUAUCUGAAAGAACACAGCGAAAGGGAGUUCUUCCUCGAACUCGUGAAAGACAUAUCCAACGACCUGGACCUGACCAGUCUCAGCUACAAAAUCCUGGUGUUUGUUUGUAUAAUGGUGGAUGCAGACCGGUGCUCCUUGUUUUUGGUGGAAGGAACUGGCAACAAGAAAACACUGGUGUCUAAAUUCUUUGACGUGCACGCGGGCACCACCGUUUUACCCUCGAUGAACUCGGACGAAGUUCAGGUGCCGUGGGGGAAAGGGAUCAUUGGUUACGUGGCUGAGCAUGGAGAGACGGUGAACAUCCCCGACGCCUAUCAGGAUCGCCGAUUCAGUGACGAAAUUGACAAGUUGACAGGCUACAAAACCAAGUCCCUCUUGUGCAUGCCUAUCCGCAACAGCGAUGGCGAGAUCAUUGGAGUUGCUCAGGCCAUCAACAAGACUUCAAGUGGGGAACUUUUCACUGAAGAUGAUGAGAAGGUUCUGCAGAUGUACCUCCCCUUCUGUGGUAUUGCAAUCUCCAAUGCUCAACUCUUCGCUGCCUCCAGAAAGGAGUACGACCGGAGUCGGGCACUCUUGGAAGUAGUCAAUGACUUGUUUGAGGAACAGACUGACCUGGAAAAGAUCGUCAGGAAGAUCAUGCACCGCGCCCAGACUCUGCUAAAGUGUGAGCGCUGCUCCGUCCAGCUGCUGGAGGACAUUGAGUCACCGGUGGUCAAGUUCACUAAGUCGUUCGAGCUACUGUCUCCAAAAUGCAGUGCAGAUACUGAAACCAGUUUCAAAGACAGUAUGGAAAAAUCGUCCUACUCAGACUGGCUCAUCAACAACAGCAUUGCAGAGCUGGUUGCAUCAACAGGACUACCUGUGAACAUUAGCGACGCCUACCAGGAUCCUCGCUUCGAUGCUGAGGCAGACCAGUUCUCUGACUUUCACAUUCGCUCUGUGCUCUGCGUUCCCAUAUGGAACAGCAACCACCAAAUUAUUGGUGUCGCUCAAGUGCUGAACAGGCUGGACGGGAAACCAUUUGACGAUGCAGACCAGCGUCUCUUUGAGGCCUUUGUGAUAUUUUGUGGAUUGGGCAUCAACAACACGAUCAUGUAUGACCAGGUGAAGAAGUCUUGGGCCAAGCAGUCAGUGGCUUUAGAUGUUCUAUCUUACCACGCCACUUGCUCCAAGACUGAAGUGGAUAAAUUUAAGGCUGCUAACAUUCCCCUGGUCUGCGAGCUGGGCAUUGAUAAGCUCUCCUUUGAUGAUUUCUCCCUGGAUGUCGACGCGAUGAUAACAGCUGCUCUGCGGAUGUUCAUCGAGCUGGGAACGGUGCAGAAGUUUAAGAUCGACUACGAGACACUGUGCAGAUGGCUGCUGACUGUCAGAAAAAACUACAGAAUGGUCCUCUACCACAACUGGAGACAUGCAUUCAACGUAUGCCAGUGCAUGUUUGCCAUGCUAACGACGGCGGGUUUCCAGGAGACGCUGACUGAGCUGGAGAUCUUUGCUCUUAUUGUGGGUUGUGUGUGCCACGACUUGGACCACAGGGGCACCAACAAUGCUUUUCAGGCCAAGACGGGUUCAGCCCUCUCUUUGCUUUAUGGGACCUCUGCUACGCUGGAGCACCACCACUUUAACCACGCUGUUAUGAUCCUGCAGAGCGAGGGUCACAACAUCUUCUCCAACCUCUCCUCCACGGAGUACAGUGACCUCAUGCAGCUGCUCAAACAGUCCAUCCUGGCCACAGACCUCACGCUUUACUUUGAGAAAAGAAAUACGUUCUUUGAAUUGGUCAGCAAAGGGGAGUACAACUGGAAUGUGAAGGCUCACAGAGACAUGUGCAGGUCUAUGAUGAUGACAGCCUGCGAUCUUGGAGCUGUCACGAAACCAUGGGAAAUAUCACGCAAGGUUGCAGAGUUGGUGACGAGUGAAUUCUUUGAGCAGGGAGACCGAGAACGACUGGAGCUAAAGCUCACGCCCUCUGCCAUCUUUGACCGUAACAGGAAGGAUGAGCUUCCAAGUCUGCAGUUGGAGUGGAUUGAUGGAAUCUGCUCUCCUCUGUACGAGACUCUUGUCAAGUUGAAUCCCAAACUUCAGCCGAUGGUUGAUAUGAUACGAGCAAACAGGGCCAAUUGGGAGGACCUGAACAAGAAGAGACAAAGUGGCCAGAGUGUUUCCGCCCAUGCCAGUCCCUACAAUGACGAUGCUACGGAAACCAAAGCCUGCCCAGCGGACAAAGCCGGCAGCACGCCCUGCUGCUGCGGUGACUCUGAAAGCACACCAUCCAAUACGGCCAGUUAGCUUCUGCUGAAGAGCUGAAACGUCCCUGGCCUUUUUUAUUCUCCAGAAUGCAGCCUGCAGCAGAGGCAGUGCAUGCAGAGGUUCUUGGGCUCUGCUUCUCUUCGCUUUUGCAACCAGAGAUGAGCUUUAACACUCGGGAGUGUGGCGCGAUCCCUUCAGAUUUUCUGCUGAAGGCUGACAUAUCCGCAUUUGGCCGGCUCAUCAGAGUGACUGAAGAUCAGAUGAUGACACCUUGUCAAGGAAGAGAGGAAAAUCAAACCACUGUGUUGCUCUGACUUUUUGGCAAAAGACACGAAGAGUGUUGUUUGUCUCUGUUGUGUUUUAUUUUUGCUCUUGGUAUCUCUCUGUGUUGCUCGCAUUUUGUCCGGAGGUUAAAGAAUCUUGUUUUUGUAAAUCUGUAAAUAAGCUGUUGAGUUGUUUGAAACUUAAUGCAUUGGAUUGGAUUGUGGUUGUAGAGCCUCUUCUGAAGGAUGAAGAGUUGUAGAAACAGUAGGACCUGUGGCUUGCAAUGCAAAUUGAAUUGUGUUCCCUCCCUUCCUGUGCCUUGUUUCCAGAUCCUACUGAAAAAUGCAUGGCCUCUAUGUGAGGUUCUCACGUUAUGGAAAUUCUUGUUGAACUGUGCUGAAUUUCUGCCAUAAUUUGUAAAACCAACGAUUGCAGCUAUGUCUUGACCCCUUAGUUUGCUGCAAAGAAUUAUAAUAACUGACAAAUGGAAAUAUAUUUUGGCCCAGUUUUAUACAUACGGGGCCUCUCUUGUCACACAAAUAUACACAAUGUGCCUUGAGAAAGUUGCUCUCAUAUCACAUGGAUUUCUGCAGGGCAAAACUUCAGCUCUGAUGAUUCAGUACUGACAGCUGGAACACAAAAUGUCACAUUUUAUUUCAAAAGCCAUGGUUAGACAUUUUCAGGGUAUCUCUUUUAUUUAUUUAUUUUUUUUGCCUUUUGCACCAAUGAUAAAAGCUCACCCCACUGUUAUGAUUACCUGGAAUAUAAAAGGCUGCAGUGAGCAACUAAAACUUAAAAUAUCAUAAAAUCACUUUACUUUGUCAAAAGGAAACAUAAUCAACUCCAUUCCUGCAGAAUUAUUCUUACUGAUCAAUUAAAACAAAACAGGCUUUAAAAAAAAUUAUACCUCUGCAAAGAACAGCUCUGGUGGUCAUCUACUAUAGUCUUCCACUUAUUCAAGACUGCUGCUUGCAGUCUACAUGCGGAAGAAAAAUCCAAUGAAACUCUCCAGUGUAUUGGCAUUCCCAGGAAAGAAGGGAUAAGUAAUUGUUCUUGAUCUGCUCUUUUUAGGAGGGACUCUAGUAAACCUCAAAAAAGACCCUGGAAGCCAGUCGAUACGAUCUGUGACCAAUAGCUCUACUCUAAGGCUGAGCCUUACCUCUAUUCGUAGAAAGAUCAUUUUUAUUAGUUGUUUCUGGGAUCUCAUUCCUUCUGCCAUGAUUCAUCUUUCAUGGCAACAUGUGAGAGUCAUAAAAAAAAAAUACAGAUACAUCACAUGCUUUGCUGUUUUGGCUCUUUACCUCAACAAACCGGAGGAACACCCUCAACAUUGAUGAGACCCCAAAUCUCUCUGCCAAUCUUCUGUUCUGUGACACCAUCAUUCAAUAACAAAGCAAGUAGCUACACAACUCCUCUGCUUGAGAGAGUGACUUACCCUUGAACUGGAGAACACAAUCCACCCUGAUCUGGUUAAAAACUUUGACCUCAGAGUAGCAAACUCUCGUCCAACUGCUCUCACCUUGCAGUGAGCUGCUCCAGUUUAUGAUAAAGAUCAUGGCCAAAAGAUGCCAACAGAACCAAAUUGCUUCCUCCACAAGGAUUGGCGAUAAGGGGCAUACUCAACUUAGUGCCAAGGUUACAGACACAGCCCUUGGUUUGGCUAUGCAAUGACUAGAUAGGUGUUAUGACCCAUCUAGGGGGGGGCAGAUCAUGACAUGAAGGAUCCAUCUUCAGAUCCCAAGCAGCCAACACACACGAAGUUGAACAUUUUAUAAUGUUAUUUAUUUUAAAAAGAUGUAUUUUUGAUUAAGAUAUUACAAAUGGAGCAUAUGGCUUCAGAGUGAGCUAUAAUGCUGAAAACAAACAAAAGGAAACUAUCUGAAUAUUAAUCGAAACUUACCUAAUUGAAAGUAAAUAAACCAAAUGACAAAAACUUACCUCCCUAAUUAAGAAAAACAUGAGAAAACUAAGGAAACAUAUACAGCAGCUCACUCCUACAAACUCCAGGCCUUUACAUGGUGUUAACAGACAAACAGCGUGGCCGGUUGAGAUGAGCUGAGGAUGGAGGCAGAAAGUCCAUGUCUGCAGCGUUUAUAUCUGUCACCUCCGGGAGGCCACCAAUUGUACGUCUCCGUCGUCUUUCUAGGAACCAAUCAGAGACCGGCACCUGCACACUCAUAUUUGCAUAAUUAAGUUUGACGUCGCCAGUUGUAACUAUAGGCUUUAAGAGCAUUCCAACAUCCCAUAUUCUGGCAGAUUUUCUUCAGGUAGAGAUCUGUUCUAUGGCCCAGAUGAAUCCUGAACCCGAGGUUCUGCGAUCCGAUGAGAUUUCACAGUGAAGUCCCUCAUUAUCUGGAGCAUACUCUCCAGUUUCCUCUCAGAUUACAUACACCUGUAGCCAGAUAUUUUAAUUCACUAUGAAAAGAAACAUGAGAAUCCUUGUUUUUUUCACUGGCUGACAUUAAAUAAGAUCCUGUUUUAGGUCAGUUAGGAUUGCCACAAUCUCUUUAAUUUGCUAAAUGCCAGAAUAAUGAGAAAUAUGUUUUUUUUUUUGUUUUUUUUUUCUAAUAUUACUUUCUUCAAAUUCUGAAGUUUACAUUAAUACAUUAAUAUAGCAAUGCCUUCACACAAUUUGGGAAUAACCACAUUAUUAUUUCUUGGGUCCAGGUUUCUGGACCCAAGAAAUAAUUACAUGCCGACAUAAACAGCAUGGAAAUGUCCAUCUAUGAUACCAGGACGUCCCAGAGAUACGACUUUGUAAAGAUUCUGUAAAAGUGCUUUUAUCCAUAGUAAACAAGUCCUGUACUGACAUGAACUAAAAAGUCAAUCCACAAGGAAGAAGCCAUAUCUCCAAAACCAUGAUAAGAAGCCAGUUUACAUAAAAAAAAUGCACUCAAGGACAAAAACAUUUUUCGGACACAUCUGUUAUUCUUGCAUUUAGCAAAUAAAAAUAAUUUGGUCAUCUAAACCAGGACAUGGAAAUAUCUAGUCUUGUCUCCAUCUGCUCUUUUCUGAACUUUUCUUUGCAGAAAUGCUACAGCAACACACACUACUAGAGUACGUAUUAAACCAGCACUGUAUUUAUCAGGGACCUGGAUUAUGCAGAGCAAAACAACAAACAAUUUCCUAUUGUGUAGAUCUUUGUUCGUCUUUUGUACCCCACUUGAUGUUUCCUCAGGUAUAGGUGCCAUAAAUUAGACUUAACAUUUAGAAAAAUUCAACAUUUUGGUUAAUUAUUAAGCUAUUCAUAGCACCUCACAUGACAAUGUGCCAGUUUUAUAUUAGCUGGGAGUCAGACUGAGCUUCUAUAACUCGGAACUGUUGAGAUUGCACAUAAGAAGUCUGCAGAAGUAUGAAGCAUUUUAGGUUUGUGCAGAAUCAUCAAAAGAGACCAGGUGGAGUGAUUGGAAAACCUUGGAGGUGGAUCUUGUUCUCUUCUGUUAGGUUUGCUGUUCAUAAACCAUUAAAGUGAAAUGAAUCAUCCUUUUGAUGUAAUCUGUAUAAUCAGAUCACAUUCAGAUGGAUAUUUACAGGAUUCCCACAUAGUUUGUAAAAUCUGGAUUUAUUUUCCAAAUCAGGAAAAGUACAGAUAAGAAAUAAGAAAAAAACAUGUUGUAUUUCUUGACAUGGUUCCCUAUCUAAAUUCCUUGAUGUUAUGUCCUUCCUUUCUUUUAUAUUUCCUCUUUUAUAUGUCAUUUCUUCCCUGUCCUUUCCUCAUUAUUUAUUUUGUAUAUCAUUUCUCCCUCCUUUUUGUCCGUCUGUGCUUACUUCCGUUUGUCUUUUUUCCUACUUUUUUUCUCCCCACUUUUUCUUUCUUUUAUUCAUAUUUUACUUUUUUCUCUGCUUCCUUUCUUCUUUAUGGUUUCUCUUUUUUCCUUCUAUUAGUCAUUCAUUUUAUCUUUACUUUCUUCCUUUCUUCUUCUCUUUUGUCAUUUCUGUCUUCCUUCUUUUUGUUCAUAUAUCCUUUCUUGCUUUCUUGUAUCCUUUGUUUCUUCCCUUGUCUCCUAUCUUCUUCUCUACCCUGUAUCCUUCCUUCCUUCUUUCAGAGUUGAGUUUAUGAAGUUAUUGAAAGCGUUUUUGUUUUUCAUGCAGACCAUCAUCAUCUGAAAGCACUAUCAGGUCACUGGGUGUUUUAGUGAAGCACAGAUCUGCUUAAAGCACAGCUUUUGUAGAGUCAGGCCGUCAACAGCCUGACUCUGACUAAAUCCAUUUGUUUCAUUUUUAAAACUGUAGAAAGCCUCAGUUUUUAUUUUCUUUCAUUUCUAAGCUUUGCUCAGAGCCUACAUAUCCAACCAUUUGUUUUCCUUCCUGCAGAAGACUGACACAUGAAAACUGGAGUGCCCAUCUAAUAUCAAAGCUUUCCUUUUGGUAUUAUUCAAACUACUUAUUUCUGAGUAUGGGUAUGCCUUAUGAGUCGUGUUGUAGCUUUGUGGGCUGGCGUUUCUAAUGUGACUGUGCACAUUGUGAGGCAUGGAUCUAGUGUGUUUUAUUUGAAGAGCUCAACAGAAAACGACCAGAAUCGCAUGUUUAAUGCAGUCUCGACUCCAACCAAUUUGCUGAGGAUGUAGCAAACAAAGUGAGCCGACAAAUACCUCGUAUUUUGACUAGCGCACACCUUAUCUCAUCAGACAUGCAUGACUUAAAUUCUCCUGCAUUAUGCUGCGUGAGUUACAUAUGAAUACUGCUCUUCUAUUUUUCUAUUAGGGCUCCACAUGUGGACAAAGUUUCCUCUUCCUUUUUCCACCUGUAUUUCUCUCCUGGUUUGGAUUUUGGAUUUAUUCAAGACAGGCUAAUCUGAGGGAAAGCCAGAGCAUGAAAAAGGCAAAUGUGCUUCUGUUUCUGUUCAGAGUUUGAAUAAAGAAAAAAAUAAAUCUGC